AUGGUCUCGGGCGUCCAAUUUGUCAAGAGCUUGAUCUCGCAGCACGGCGUCGUCGUCUUCAGCAAGACGACGUGCCCGUACUGCCGCAUGGCCAAGGACGUUCUCGGCUCUGUCGGCGCGCGCUUCCACGUCGUCGAGCUCAACCAAAUGGGCGACGAGCCCACGGGCGACGACGUCCAGAACGCCUGCUUCCAGCUCACGGGCCAGCGCACCGUGCCCAACGUCUUUGUCAACGGCAAGUCCAUUGGUGGCGGCUCCGACACGGCGGCGCUCCAGAAGGCCGGCAAGCUCGUACCGCUUCUCAAAACCGCUGGUGCCUUGUAA